GCUAGAGAAAGUAGUAUAGUGUACAAAUUACAAUAGUUCAAAGAAAAUAAUAAGAGAGAUGGAAGAUUUGCGUCAAACGGCUUUGGCUUACUAUAUGGGUGCGACGGACGACAUACGACAUGUCGUAGAUGAGUUUUUUGAGGAGAUGGACCCAAACGACAAUGGGUACGUGAAGUUCAAGGAGUUCUCGGCUUACAUGGAGACCAUGGGUUGUUGCAAUAUGAGCUCAGAAGAGUUCUACGAAGAGCUGAAGCAGAGUGGAAACGAUGGGCUUUUUGCAGACGAUAUAAUAACUUUGUUUUACAUAAUCCAUAGUGGGAGACCCUUUUGUGGUGGAAAGUGUAAGAAAUUUGUGAAAGGCUUGUAUUUCACUUGUUUGAAAUGCUUUGAUGACGAAACAAGUGGUAGUACUAGUUUUAGUGUUUGCUCUCAGUGUUAUGCUGAUCGCCAUUUUGAGCAUCUUCAUCAGGAGUUUCUGGAUCCCAUUGUUUUGCUUAAUUUAAAGAGAAUGGAAGCUCUAAGUAACAAGCAUAAUACUACUGUUACUUCCAUAAAUUCUGAGGCAACAAGUGUUUCAUCGAGAUCCAAAAAACCCAAAUAUGAGCGUUCUUCAUCAGAAAUUAAGACGUAUUUGAUGAAACCGUGUCCAUCAUCAUCUGCAUUUUCUUCCAAUAAUCCUUACUCCAAUGAUGAUGAAGAACAGAAGACGACAACCAAUUACGCAUUAUCUAAAGCAAUUGUACCAGUUGCCGGUCAACAAUAUAAACAAGCUAAGAUGCAGACAGCAAUACAACUUGGACAACUAGUGGCAAGCAUUGGGAGUAUAGUUCUCACUUCACAACUAUGUACCAUAAUGUGAUUAUUCAUUAUUAUAUGUAUACAACAAACAAUAAGCUUUCUUUCCAUUUUUUCUUUAUGUUUUUUUAAAUGAUGGUAUUUUGAAACUGUUAUGACAUGUGAUUGAAAAACUAGUCGGUCAACUCUCUAAACUUAAAAGCUCACUAAUUGUUUCUUUUAAGCUAGUUGGUUGUCAAAAGUUAGUUUAGUAUGUUAAGAUAAGGGUCAAUGUACUCAGGUCUUUAAGUGUAUAAAUAGACUAUAAAUUAGUUCAGUUUUGAGGGUUAAUGCUUUAGAGUUCAUAUUUGUAAUUACUAUGUUAAAGAGAGGAGAGAGAGUUGUUAAGGAAGGCAUAUGUCUAUGAUCAUGCUCUUCCCAUUAGUGAGGAUUUUGUAGGAAGUUAUAUAAACUCUGUUGUUGUUUUGUUCAUUCAAUCAACAAGCUCCCUCUCUUUCAGUCAUUGUGUAUAGAUUAAUACAAUCAAUAAAGCUAAGUUUUUCUCUCAAAGUUUAGUGCAUUUAAUUCUGUUUAAUUGUUGUUCAUCUUCUCUAGUUUAUUGUUGAGUUUUUUAUUUAGUUUAUUAUUGAAUUAUGGUGAUCGAAUCACAAAAAUUGGUACCAAAGCUAUAGGCUAUUGAUCCAAGAUUCAAUAAACUAUUAUCCGCACUUUCAAAAAUUGGUAUACACAAUGGUAAUUUAGUUGACAUUUAACUGUGAAACUUAACUGGUAUUUCAAAUUUAUAAAUAAAAGUAAACUUAAGGAGGUAUUCCAAAAAAAAAAAAAAAAUCAGAGAGUUUAGUGUAUAAAAUUACCCUAUAAUAUAUAACUAUGUUCUACAUAAUCAAUAAAAUUGUGUGUUUUCUCUAAUUGUCUAAUAUUUUUAUUAGGUAUAUUAAAGUGUUCAACACAAUGCAGUCUUAAUUAGCCAUAGCUAAUGAUUUCUUAUAAUUAUUGGAUUUUUUUGUUUGAAAAUCAUAAAUAUUAAAUUAAAAUAUGUUUUAUUAGUAGUGAUAGAGUUAUUGCUCAAAUUAUUAUAGCAACACAUUUGAAAUUCACUAAGGCUAGCUUAGAGGUGAGGGAGUAAUAGAAAAAAGGAAGAGGUCAUGAGUUUAAAUUUAAGAUCUUUAAGCUACAAACUAUUAAUUAAUUGUAAAUUACUAUUACGCUACACUAAAAAAAAAUAGCAACACAUUUGAGUAUUACUCUUUGGUAUACCUAAUAAUUUUCAAUACCCUAUAUUAUAAUAGUACAAAUUAAUGAAUCAACAUAUUUCAAUUUAGAGUAGAGCUAUUUGACUCGUAAUUGUGUAGAAAAUAUUUGAUUAAUCGUCUUUUUUUUUUCUAGCUACACAGCAUAAAUUGGAAUAAAUAGAGAGCUACCAUCAUCAAAACUACAACAAGAUACACAAGCCAAAACAUAAAUUUUUCUAGUCUUCAUUAAAAUUUCAAAAUCUUUUGAUUUUGAACAAUUACAAUUGGCUACAUCAAAUAUCAUUGAGAUAAUCUAGACAAUUCUCUCAACUUAUUUAUAGCUCUUUCAACUUGAAUUCAAUUGUUUUCCCCUCUAGAAAAGUUGACACCAAAGGGGAGUAAUAAAUAUAUAUAGUUUUCCCCCAAAUAAAAGAAGAAUAAAAAACAAGGGACCAAACUAAUUGAAACCCCCUAUUUCCAUUUUUGCUUUUGUUUUUUCAAACCCUCAAACUCAAUGAGUGUUUCAAGUCCCCAAUGUGAAGCAAAUGAUGCCCUAAAGCAACUUUUCUAGUCCCAACUUCAUCUACCAAGCUCAAGUCCUUGCACACAUUAAC